CUCCGCCGCCGCGGCCCUGCUCCGUGCGCUCCACAGCGGCGCGCCCGCUCCGCCGCUGCUCCGCCGCCGCACGCUCCGCCGCGUGCUGCGCCGCCGCCGGAGCCAGAGAAGAAGGCGCGGCCGGUUGAAUGGGCCAUCAUGGGCCUUGGUGGGCUUUAUAGAUGAUUCGUUAUCCACCUGUCGGAAGAAAAAUAGGAUCCCCUUUGCCCUAACCCCUAAUCGCUGCGGGGGUCUGCGCCGCCGCUGCCGCUGUUUCCAUUGCUCUCCUCGACCUCUCCACCAAUCCCCACCUCGUCCAAGCGCCGCCCCAUCACCGCCGCACGCGAAGAUGCUCGACAUCAACCUCUUCCGCACCGACAAGGGCGGCAACCCGGACAUCAUCCGCGAGUCCCAGCGCAGCCGGUUCGCGCCCGUCGAGCUCGUCGACGAGGUCAUCGCCCUCGACAAGGCAUGGCGCGAAAGGCAGUUCGAGCUGGACAAGAUACGCCAGGAGCUCAACGCCACCAGCAAGAAGAUCGGCAAGCUCAAGGCUAGCAAGCAAGAAGAGGAAGCAAAGAAGCUGAUGGAGAGCACGGACGAGAUUAAGAAGAGGCUGGCUGCCAAGGAAGCUGAGGUGCAGGAGGCUAAGAGCACCCUCGACGCCAAGCUCACCACGAUUGGCAACAUCGUGCAUGCGUCCGUGCCCAUCAGCGACGACGAGGCAAAUAAUGCCAUUGUACGGACAUGGGGAGAGAAGAGACUGGAGGAAAAUUUGAAGAAUCACGUGGAUCUUUGCAGGAUGCUUGACAUUGUUGCAUUGGAGAAGGGUGCUGACGUGGCUGGUGGUAGGGGUUACUAUUUGAAGGAUGAAGGUGUCCUCCUGAACCUGGCAUUGAUAAAUUUCGGGCUAGCUUUCCUGAGAAAACGGGGCUUUAAGCCAAUGCAAACUCCUUUUUUCAUGAGAAAGGAAACUAUGGGAAAAUGUGCCCAGCUGGCACAGUUCGAUGAGGAGCUUUACAAGGUAACAGGUGACGGUGAGGAUAAAUACCUCAUAGCCACAUCUGAACAGCCAUUGUGUGCUUAUCAUUUAGGUGACCGAAUUUACCCUGCUGAGCUUCCAAUAAAAUAUGCUGGUUACUCUACCUGCUUCCGAAAAGAAGCUGGUUCGCAUGGAAGGGACACAGCUGGCAUCUUCAGAGUCCACCAAUUUGAAAAGAUUGAACAGUUCUGUGUUACAAGCCCAAAUGGCAAUGAUUCUUGGGAGGUGCAUGAAGAGAUGUUAAAAAAUUCAGAAGAUUUCUAUCAGGAGAUUGGCCUACCAUAUCAGGUUGUCUCCAUUGUCUCUGGUGCACUUAAUGAUUCUGCAGCUAAAAAAUAUGAUUUAGAAGCAUGGUUCCCUGCAUCGAAAACCUUUAGAGAAUUGGUGUCCUGUUCAAAUUGCACUGACUUUCAAGCGAGGAGGCUUGGAAUUGGUUAUGGACAGAAAAAGAAUGACGAGCAGUCCAAGCAGUUUGUUCAUAUGCUCAAUUCUACGUUGACUGCCACUGAGAGGACACUGUGUUGUAUUCUGGAAAACUUCCAGAAGGAGGAUGGUGUUGAAGUGCCAAAGGCGCUGCAACCGUACAUGGGUGGAAUAGAUUUCCUUCCUUUCAAGCAACCUCUGGAUGUCAAACAAGCUGCUGACUCGAAAUCAAACAAGUCCAAAUCUAAGGGAAAUGCUGCUUGAGGUGGAUGAGGAACAAGUCAAAUGCAUGCGAUGCGGAAGUGAUGGACAUUGUGCAUCCUUGUAUUAAUUUUUGGGGAGUAACAGUACUUAUAGCAUGACCAUGACGUUGCAAUUUUUCUGUACCCAUUUUGGUUUCUUGGUUUACCACACUAUCUGAUUGCGUACUUGCACACUGAUAUUGCAUAGGGUUUCUUGCAAUCUAUAAUGUUUGAGCACCAUCA